AGAGCGCCGGGAGCCGCGCCGGGAGCCGCUCCGAGGCACCAUGCGGGCUGCGGGGCUGCUGCCGCUGCUGCCGCUGCUGCUGCUGCCGCUCGGUGUCAACUCUCAGGAAAAUGCAGAUUCUGCAAGCCCAGGAACAAGCCCGUCCACCAUAACCACAGCAACCACCGCAGUGGCCACACCUGCAAGCGCUGCAGAGACCUCACCAACCACUGCUGCAUUAUCACCUACCACAGACCAAAUCACCACCGCCACCACCACUAAGACUAAGGAAGCAGCCACUCAGCCAGCUGUGGCAGAUUCCACCACUGCUCAAAGCAGCCCCACCACUACCAACCUGUUAGAGUCAUUGUCCCCCUCUGCACCGUCACCGAGCACAGCGGUCGCAACAUCGGGGACAGCAUCGCCUACCACCAUGACCCUGUCCCACACGUCAGGGCAGGACAGCCCCUCACAGAGCACCACCAUCCCCACAACCACCCCUGCUGCACAGCCCACUGCUUCCCAGCAGCCCAGUGGUGCUACAGCCACUUCAGGAAGCUCGGAGACCACCGCUGCUGCAGAUCUUGUCACUAAUGCAACCAGUCCUCCGGGAGCUGUAGGGGCUGUUGGCACAUCCUCUCCCAGCACACAGCCUCAGGGAAACCAGCCAUUGGGUCAUUUGCCUAACACCACUGUGAGCACCACAGUGCCGAGGACUGACCCUUCCCAAAGCUCCAAGGACUGUCCUGUCUCUCCUUCCCCGUGUGACACCAAGCAGCCUCCUUCUUCUUCCAGUUCUCCAGUCCAGGGACCAACCCCUUCCACCAGUUCUGGAAGCGCUGGCACUUCUGUUACCCCUCUGACUGGAUCCCCGUCCCUCGCCACCACCCCAACAUUGCAAAAUGGCAGCAAAGACACGGUCCCAGACACAGCCGCCACGACAACUCCUGGGGCAGACCAGAGUACCCACGAUGCUGGAUCUGCACCAACCAAACCCACCAGUGCCUCCCAGAGCCCUGACGGUGCCCAGCCACCAGUUCCAGCCUCGGGGGACCAGACAGAGAGCUGCAGUUCUGGCCACCAGCACCCCAACAUUUCUUACCCAAAUGAGCUCAUCUGUGAUGACCAGGCGCAACAUACCAGGCCCACCAUUCAGCUGAAAGAACCCAGAACCUGUGAUGAGUGGAGGACUGCCAGCAAAAACAACUCCUUCUUUGAGAGUUUCUGCUCCACGGCCCAGCACGUGUUUGACGCCAGCAGGGACCGGUGCACGGUGACACUCAUGGCCUGCAAGCCCCGCUCCCACCACUGGGCCGUGUGGGUGGUCCUGCACCAUCCCUUGGACUCUGAAGAAGUCCUCAAGGAGCUGAAGGAGAAGAAGGACAAGUUAGAGGAGCUCGGCAUCGUCAACAUCACCUCUGACAAAAUGGUGGAGGACGUGACCAUCAACGAUGAGUUCAGCACCCCCCUGAUCAUCACCAUCAUCACCCUGGCCGGGUCCCUGCUGCUCGUCGCGGCCAUCUACGGCUGCCACCAGCGCUUCUCCCAAAAGAAGGACCAGAACAUCCACCCUGAUGUCCCCGGGUUUGAUGAUGGACAUGUGGCCCUGAUCUUUAAUCAGCGCCUGACCGAGGAGAUGCAGACCAUGGAGAACGGCUACCAUGACAACCCCACGCUGGAGGUGAUGGAGACCUCCUCCGAAAUGCAGGAGAAGAAGGUGAACCUCAACGGUGAGCUGGGGGACAGCUGGAUCGUUCCUCUGGACACCCUCAUGAAGGAGGACCUGGAGGAAGAGGAGGACACGCAUCUAUAGGAUGCAGAACUUGAUCAAGAAAAGAACAACCACCCCCCCCAAAAAAAUCCCACAGACCCUAAACACACGCACACAGAGCUCCAAAAUAAGGCAAAAUUCCCCCCAAAAAGAAGAAAAUCCUUUAAUAAACUAAUCAUGGCCACUUGUGCCACCACAUGGGAUGCAGGAUGGAAGAGGAAAGGACAUGAGAACACCUCUGGAGCACAUCAACACAAGCCACUUUGGUGGCCACAUCUGGCUAAGCAUUCUCCAUCCCUCAUCCACCUCCCAAGGCAGAACUGACCAGCCAUGGGCAAACAGGGUGGCUUUGCUCCUGAAGAGCUGCUGGUGUCUCCUCCAAGCAUGUCCCCUCCCAUCCCACAUCUGACCACACCAGCCGCAUCCUCCAGCUACUGAGCGACUCAAAAAUCAAGAGAAAGAAAGUAAAUAGGACUGGAGAUGGAGUGUGUCUGACAGCAAAGCAGCACCUGGCAAUUAACAGCUUGACAAAUCCUCUGGCCCAUGCUGUUUAGUCAUCACCCUGCCCUCCCUGACACCCAGGUAGUGAAUGAAAAAAGCUGGAACAGCUUGUUCCUUUUUAAUCUGGUUUCCAUCCACUCCUCAGAGCUAAAACGCACAAGAGGCCCUCGUUGUGCCACAGGCAAAUGGAUGCAUCUGGACCCAGCCGGAUGGCAGGGAUGCAGCAGUGCCAAGUGAUGCUCAGCCCCGCUGCCAAGGGCUGUGGAACAGAUCCUGCACCCACGUGGAGACUGGGAGAGGUGCAGCAUCUUCUUGUUUUGAAAGGAUGAGAUGGAGGGAGAGGAAAAGGAGGAAUUCCUGGAGUUCAUCCCUCUUAGGAAGGGUGUGGAGAGCAAGAGCAAUGCCUGGUCUCUAGCCCAGGUGUGAUGUUGGGGGGUUUGUGGUGCAGGAGCCCAGCUCUGGUGCUGCAUUUCCCCACAGAAGGAUCACUUGCCUUCCAGGAGUUACACAGCAGCAUCUCACAGCCCUCAUCCAUCCUCCACAGGACUGUGGGACACACGCACCACGACGGUUUGUGAUUUUUGAGGGCACAUUUUCCUGUGUGAGCUGCAGAAGAGGUAAAAGAGCAGCAGAACGUGAGCCAGGGAGCUUGGUGGCAUUCAGGUGGCCCUUGGUGUUUCAUUCCCUCGAGGUUUAAAAGCUCAGCCCAUGUUCUCAAACUCUUCUUCACAAGCCACUAAAAUAACAGAGACCUGCAAAGCAACUGCCAGCUCAGCAGUGAAGCUGGGACUGAGCUUUCUCCUGCAGCCCUUGGUCUGCCACCCAGGUCUCCCUUUGCUGAAGCCUUUAAAGGGGAGAAGAAAAACAUGGCUGGACUGAGGCCAUUUCUGGGAUUUUGAUUCCCCACCACAUCCCCUAAAUAGCUCUAAAGGGUCGGGGAGAGUUUUAUGCCUUUGCUCUGGUGAAGCAGCUCUGGCACAGGCAGGGAUCAUCCUCCUGCUGGGGUCCAUCCUCCAGGACAUGAGGCCCUGAAGGUCAUGUGGCUGAGUCCCUCUCCCAACGUGAGGAUGGUGCUCGUCCCAAACCCUCUGCAAGCCAGAGGAGCUGCAGAUAAGAGCGAUGCCCAAACAUGGCCCUUUUCCUCUGCUUGCCAUAAACCAAGGCACGACGGGGAGAUUUCCUUUGGGCUCUGCCACCAAGCCAACCCAACUGGGAUCUGCUCCCACAGCUGCCCUGAACGAGGGGAAAAGCAGGGCCAAGCAAUGGGAAGCUUGGAGAAACCCUGGUGGAGUUGGGAGUUCUCAGGAAGGAGGGGAUCAGGGUGUUUCGCUCAGCCCCAGGACAGGCACUGGCAGAAGAUACAAGUGGCUCUUCCCCCCUUCUGUCCUGCACCGAAGGGCAGAGUCUGAAGUGUUCAAACCUUUAUAUUUUUGUAUAUAAAUAUUCCUGCUACUCAUUAGCAAUGUAUUCCGCACACUUCACUUACCUGUGCACUGCACUAUGGGGAAGUAAUUUUGGAGGGGAGGGGAAAUAACAAAAUAAAUUAUAAAAAAAAAAUUUAAAAAUCUUAAAAA